CUAGCUGUCUUUUGAUUGGGAGAACUUCAUUUAAACGAUUUAAUUAAAUUAAUUACACAGUACAUUGAUUAAUUAACCAAAAUAACCACAUAGAAUUCAUUGCAUCAUAUUUUGUAAUUAACUGCAUUAAAUAACUGAGUGAGUGCUACUAUUGACCGAACAGCAGUCAUCAGAUUCAUUUUUUGUUUUCAAACAGGAGAGAAAGAGAUCACGACCAAGAUGGACCCGUCUAAUGGGCUGAACCGGCCGCUGGAGAUCGUCCCGCACACGGAGGUGAAGAUGAAGGACAGAGGACAGUGGAGCAACAAGCUGGAGUUCGUCCUGUCGGUGGCCGGAGAGAUCAUUGGGCUGGGAAACGUGUGGCGCUUCCCGUAUCUCUGCUACAAGAACGGUGGAGGUGCAUUUUUCAUCCCUUACCUGAUCUUCCUCUUCACCUGUGGUAUUCCCGUGUUUUUCCUGGAGAUUUCUCUGGGUCAGUUCACCAGCGAGGGAGGAAUCACGUGCUGGAGGAAGAUCAGCCCGCUGUUUGAAGGUAUCGGUUACGCCACUCAGGUCAUCGUGGCUCUGCUCAACUUCUACUAUAUAAUAGUUCUGGCCUGGGGAAUAUUUUACCUGUCCUUCUCCUUCUCCUGGAACCUGCCGUGGGCCUCCUGCAACAACACCUGGAACACAGAUGCCUGCGUGGAAUUCCAAAGACGAAAUGAAUCCAAUGACCAAAGUUACCUUGAAAACGCAACAUCGCCUGUAAUUGAGUUUUGGGAACGCAGAGUUUUGCGGAUCUCGUCUGGGAUUGAGGAGAUAGGAACGCUGCACUGGGAUCUGGUCCUCUGUCUGUUGCUGGCCUGGGUUCUCUGCUAUUUCUGCAUCUGGAAAGGCGUCAAAUCCACCGGCAAGGUGGUGUACUUCACUGCGACCUUCCCGUAUGUGAUGCUGUUGAUUUUACUGAUCAGAGGGGUCACGCUGCCCGGAGCGUCCCGUGGGAUCCAGUUCUAUCUUUAUCCUGAUUUGGGACGGUUAGCGGACCCGCAGGUGUGGAUGGACGCAGGCACGCAGAUCUUUUUCUCGUAUGCCAUAUGUUUAGGUUGCCUCACUGCACUCGGAAGCUACAAUAAAUACAACAACAACUGCUACAGGGAUUCUUUGGCCCUGUGUUUCCUGAACAGUGGAACCAGCUUCGUUGCUGGUUUUGCCAUCUUCUCGAUUCUCGGCUUCAUGUCUUAUGAACAGAACGUCCCAAUUUCAGAAGUGGCUGAGUCUGGUCCUGGUUUGGCGUUCAUUGCCUAUCCGCGGGCAGUGUCCAUGAUGCCCAUCUCUCCGCUGUGGGCCUGUUUCUUUUUCAUCAUGAUUGUACUGCUGGGGCUGGACAGCCAGUUCGUGUGUGUGGAGAGUCUGGUCACGGCUAUGGUGGACAUGUACCCCACCUUCUUCCGGCAGAAGAACCGCAGAGAGCUGCUCAUCCUCGCCGUGGCCGUCGUCUCCUUCCUCGUGGGUCUCAUUAUGCUCACAGAGGGUGGAAUGUAUGUCUUCCAGCUGUUUGAUUACUACGCAGCCAGUGGGAUGUGUUUGCUAUUCGUAGCUAUUUUUGAGACCAUCUGCAUCGCUUGGAUAUACGGUGCUAAUCGGUUUUAUGACAAUAUUGAGGACAUGAUUGGUUACCGUCCUGGGCCGUAUAUUAAAUACUGCUGGCUCUUCUUCACCCCAGCCACAUGUUUUGGUACGUUUGCGUUCUCCCUGAUCAAAUACACUCCUCUGAAGUAUAAUAAUGAGUAUGUGUACCCGUGGUGGGGUUACGCUCUCGGCUGGCUGCUGGCGCUCUCCUCUAUGGUUUGCAUCCCGCUGUGGGUUGUUUCUAAACUGAGCAUGGCCAAAGGUUCACUGAAAGAGCGUUUUCACGAGCUCAUCAGGCCCUCACCGGACCUCCCCAAAACCAGACUGGAGCAGGAGAAACUUCAGGCCAUCUUUGCAGCCGACGGCGACACUCUUCGCCAGCGAGGCGGUCCGACCAAAGACGGGUACUUCCCUGUCAGCGAGAAGGAGUCGCACUGUUAGCCCCGCCAUCCCGUGAUGGACCACUGUAUGUUUCCCCGAGGGUGGUGCUUCUAAACCUUCCCAUGAUACCUCACACAGUACUGGCAGCCAAAUAAGCAUUACGACAGACAUGCCAGGGUGACGCUCCACCUCUCCUCGGCCUGUCUGAGAGCGGAUUUGAAGAGCUCAAUGCUUCUUCUCAUUGACCAGAGCACACAAAAACACAGUUUGUGUCAAUAUUACAGACAGCAGAAUGUCACAAUGCAUGAGAGAAAGCUUAGGGUUAGCUAGCGUUACUUCUAAGUGUAGACCCAUGCACAGUCACUGGAUACGCAUUAUAGGCAAGACUCUACAGGCAAAACAUUUUUCAUGCACUGGUCAAUUCUGAGAUUUUGGACUAUCUGGCUUUCCACAAUAUGUUUCUGAUUAAUAGAAAGAAAUACACUUUGAUGUUUUUUAUUACACUUUAUCUAUUUGCAUCUGAGGAUUUAAAUUACAAUACAUAUUUUAAAGGCCAUUUUCUCAAAAAGAGAUUUUUCUCCACUUACAGUAAGUAGUACAUACUUACGUAGUUUUAUCCAUAUUUAUAUUCUGAUGGUUUGUUCAUUCGGUACAACAUUUUAUUCCUAAAACAUGGUGAAAUUAAUAUUUUUUUUUUCUGUCUGUUGACAGUAUUUUCUGCUUGAAGGAGUGAUAAAAAGAGAAGGAAAAAUCCCCUCUGUAUUAUGGGGACCUGACUGUAUGUAUUUGAUUCAUGCGGGGUGUCUGGCCUUAAAUUAAAUACGCUCUUUGUGUAGAUUUUGUGUUACCUUGUGCUUCUAGGAUAUAAAAUUCUGCUCUCAGUAAUAUUGACACAAACGUUGAACUUCUGCGGUCUAAACAUGGCCAAAUAUGAGCGUUACCGGUAGCUUCAGAAAGGUUGACGCGAAGCAGGAAGAGUCUCUGUGAUACACCCAAAGCCUCUUGGAUCUUAAAAUGAUGGAGUGAAGGGUUGGCUCUGCAUAAGCUGUACUCUGAAGUAUUAUUUUUUUCAUCAUUUUUUCACCCUCACAUCAUUCCAAACCUGUAUUACUUUAGCUUUAUGUCUUCCGUGGAACGUAAAGACACCCCUGGUCAGUGUUUUUAUUGUAAGCAAAAGUGCAGUUUGGAGCUCUUAUCUUAGUUUAUCUUAGUUUCAGGCUGUAAGCAGGUCUUGAACAUUGGGUUGAACCUUUUUUUUGUUUUGUUUUUAACUGGAGAGAUGCUGUUACAAAUUAUUUAAAGGGAUUAAAGAUUUGAAGGGAAUAACAAGUAAUAAAGACAGUAGUAAAAGAACAAACCUAUCGUAAGUAAUCAUUUGAACUAUUUCCAAAUAAUUACCAUAGCUGUAUGUUAAAACAUUUACUCUUAAUCUUAUGCCUAAUUUGACUAAGUUAUGUUAAAUGGUUUUGUUAAAAACCAGCAUCUUGUGCACCGAGCCCAUUAUGAAGUAGUCUGUUUUAUGAAUUAUCUAAAAUGAAUAGGCUUUUUUUCAAUUCAAAACGGCCGACUUUGAACAGAAACUCGAAUAUUGUGCAUGAUUGCUGAAUUUUACUUGUAUUUCUAUCAUUAAACAGUUGUCACAUAUUAAAUGUUUGCGGCCGUAUAUCUUACCUCCAGCUCGUCGACCGUUAAAAUGAAGCGCUGCGUGGGAAUUCAUAAGCCCCGCCUUCUUUGAUUUGAUUGGCCAUCGCAAACAUUUUGACAUUGACGAGCGCGCUUAGACCACUGAAGCGGAUAAUCCUAAUAUAUAAAUUAAUUAAAUUUAAUUUACUUUACUUUUUUUUUUUUUGCUCUGAUUCCAUGUAAAAAAUAAAAAUAAAAAUAAAAAAACUCAAACGAGUUUGGAAUGAUAUGAGUCAUCAAAUAAUAAUUUUCCUACAUUUUUUAAUUUUUAUUUUAUUUAGAUUAGAACGCCAUCAAAGUUGAUGUUGCAAAUAGAAACGAGUGUUUUUAGGACAGUUUCAGGUCAAACAAUCAAUGCAUCUGCUUUUUUAUUAUUUUUUUUUUAUUUUUAUUUUUUUUUAAGUGUCCAUGUGGAUGUGCAUCAUAAAUACAGCAAAGCCUGGGGUUUAAUACUCAGAACUAUCUUGCAUAAGUUAUAAAUGCCUAUGAAGGUUUAAGACUAUAGCCUACAGAUCUGAUAGUACUGUUUUGAGGUGAUGUGAAACAAUUUACAGUGUUACACAGGGUCAUACAUCAUUUUUGUGCACUUGUAUAAGAAUAUUUUAGGAUAUAAAUCAUUGUAUCUCAUGAUUUUGUAUCUUUUUUGUGGAACUUUAUUAAAGCAGCGUACGAUUGUCUUGUAGAAUUUACUGUUUAACAAAUGUGAUAAAUGUAUGAAAUCUUAACAUCUGCACAAAUCAGUCAGAUUGCAUAUUGAGGACCAAUCAGAUGUAUUUCUUUUUGCUUGUUUUCACUGUUUCAUGAUGUAUAUGAAGUGUUGGACGUGUCCUGUGAAAGCAGACCACCAGCAGUCUUUGUGUAUAUAACCUGUACAGAACAGUUUGGGUUUUACAACUUUGUAAAUUAAGCCAGAUAUGCUGUAUUACUCAUGUACAAUACAUCAAUAAAAAGAAGCAACUAUUAUGCA